GCUCAACAUACAGCUCAUCGCCGAUCCUGGACAGAGAAUGGACGGCUUUGGCCAGUACUGGACGAACAACAGAAGAAGACUUCUGCUGCUCUUCUUGAGGAUUGAGCAUUAGUGGAGGCAGCAUAAGAAGCAGCAGUUUACACAGAGAAGAAGAAGAAGGAUUUGUACCUCUGGACGUUUAACUGGAAGAGGUGGAUCUUUCUUCAUAUUUGCUAUGAAGCAACUACAUUGUCAUGGAAAGGGAUUGGAUUAUUCAGAAAGGCGAAAGCAGCCAUAACAGGUGUCUUUCUAGCAAAAACUGGACCAAAGAGUGAUAUCUUCUACACAAAGGUAUUUUUCCUCUUGUCAUGCUGGUUGUAAAGCGACGAAUUAUAUUGUUUGCAUAGAGUCCGUCCUUGUGUAUCCAGUUUCACUGUGGUGUUGACACGCGUUUCUGCGACUUCUGGAUUUAGAAGACUUCGAGGUUCUGUUACUAGAUGUCUCAGUCACCUAAUCCAGCAGACUCCCAGGCCCUGCUGCAGUCCAUGCUGCAGAAACUGAAGCUGCAGUCGGAAAGAGAGGGCCAGGGGCACCGGCACACUCUUGGACCAGAAAACAGCAGCCCAGGUACUAAUGGCAUCCCUUCAAAUAAGGCCAGGAGCCCUGCUGCAGACAGCAACUUUAGCUUCAAAUUUAGUCAUCUACAGCAGCCCGGUCAUGGAGGUGGGGUGGACAGGGGUUUUAAUUCCUUCCCCUCCCAGAAAGACAACAGUGUUGGUGACACUGGUGAUAGCAGGGUUAUGGGACAGGCGACACAACCUGCGAUCGCCCCAACAGUAACAGGGCAGCUGUUUCCUACCACAUCACUUAAAGAUGCUUCCUUUGAGAGGACUAAUAGUGAGAAGUGGAGUUUUGGCAAUUCUGCAAUGAAAAGAAGCAUGCCUCCUAACACAGAUGCUGCCCAAAGCAUGGGAGUGAAUGAGAACCAGGAGCACCUAAAGUCUAAACCUAAAGUCUACCUGUGGGCCGUGAAAAACACAGACCCUUUCGCAGGAGGUCAAGACAAUAAAGCGUUAAUUGUAGGAAAUGGAGGAUUUGGAGCGAUGGCAGAAAACAAAGAUACGCAGGUUGCCUCAGACAGUCAAAUAACAACAAACAGUAGCGUGAGGAGGAAACAGAGAUCAUCUGAGAAUAAAACCAGAAGGUGGACGCAGAGGCUCAAGGAGCGAUGGAAGGACAGACAAGGAAAAAAGGGAAAAGAAGAAGAAGGAAGCAUAGGAGACCAGAAGAGUGGGGAGGAACCUGAGAUUUCACACCCAAACCAGGUUACAGAAAGCCUCAUCAAUGCGUCAAAUAAGGACGAAAGGACCCUCCGUUCACUGGACACCAGUGGAGCCAAUAAAAUGCUUCCUGCACGCACAGACGACGCCACUAACGACAGCCACAUCAGACCUGCCAGUGACUUUGAAUUGGGCCUCGGGUCAUUCAGCCUGCUGGAAGAGAUCACUAAGGGCCAAGAGUGGGCUAAGUUCCUCAGUCCCAGCCUUUCAUCCUCAUCAGCAAAUCAGAGACCAUUAGAGGACCCAAUGGGCCAACCCCCAAACCAACUAAAUCCUCACAGUAGCACUCCGUCAAAUGGGAUUUUGAACCAACUUGGCAGUGGGGACAACCAGUGGAGCUUCCGGAGCACAGAGUCAUCACGGGCCACAGAUUUCAGCAUGGCGCAAACAUUGCCUAAUGCUUUCCCAGCUGCAAGUACGGACAUUUCAGGUGGAAAACUACAUCAGACUGACCCUUCAGAAGCAAUGGAAGAUGGUCACAACUACCCACAUAUGCAGUCUGGAGCGAGCAGACUGGAACAGCAAAUAAGACCUCCAUCAUUUGUAGUGUCUACAAAAAAUCCGCUUAACAAGGCGUUGAAGAGCCGAGUCACCCUCAACAGAAAGAGACAGCAUCAGUCAGCUGACAGGAGAGACGACAGGCUUCAAGCCGACAAAAUAAGUGAUGGAGAGCAGACAGACAGAGAAGGGGACAUGUCUUCACUGAAUCCUACGAGCAGCCAGAUGAUGGUUGACACAGGAGAGUCAGAGCACGAGAACGUAAUACCCUUAUACACCCUAAACUCUCAUUCAGCCUCUCUCUCCCCAACUGCUUUUAAUCCUUUGGCUCGAGCGCCCCAUGGUGUCCUCAAAUACCCCGUAUCCCCGGAGUCGGAGUCCUCAAUGGAGACAGUGAAUAAAAGGAGGAGAGUGGAGGAGAACCGCCGGGUUCGUUUUGCGGAGGAAGUGGUGGCCAUAGAACCUCCAGACAUGGAUCUGGACACUUCAGACUUGGAGGAUGACUCAGCAGCUACAGAUGAGGACUCGGUGACAGAGCAGGAGUGUGAAGUGCAUCCGGUAGCGGCAGGGGAGGAGGCACCGGCCCGGCGGACAGCCCUCCCUGCGUGGAUACUGGCUCUGAAGAGGAAGAACACAAACAAGAAACGCAGAUAGUGACUGUAAAAAAGUCUGCGUGCUGGGUUCAUUCUCACGGACUUUGCGUUCUAUAAAUUAAACAAAUAAACUUAAGGGGAUACAGUUUGUCUCAAGAGCAGGUUGCUCUGCUUUGAAAACGUUUUUUUUUAAUGUGACAGUAUUUCAAAAAGUCAUAUCUGACCAGUAGCCCUGGCGUGGAUACAUAAUCACUUUUUCCCUCAUUUAUUUUCUGAAAUGUUUUGAUUUUAAGAUGCAAUAAGGGAAAUAAAUACUAUAUUGGGAUAUACAUAU